GUUGGUGUUGUUGUUGUUUUGUUUUUUUUUGUCGGUGUUGUUGUUGUUGCUGUCCUUGUCUGUGCAACCGUUCGCACCUGCAGAACGCAUUCGCCGGCUUCACGAGAGCCUCGUCGUGCGUAAAAUGCUCAAGAACGGACACCACCACCAAGUGAGCAGCGCACCGGCGGGCACAGACGCAGGGACCAGCCCCGGCGCCGCGGCUUGCAGCCCGGAGAAGAGAAGGCGAAGCGUCCGAGUGUGGUGCGACGGCUGCUAUGACAUGGUUCAUUAUGGCCACUCCAAUCAACUGCGACAGGCAAAGGCCAUGGGUGAUUACCUCAUCGUUGGAGUGCACACAGACAGCGAGAUCGCAAAGCACAAGGGUCCGCCGGUCUUCACUCAGGAGGAAAGGUACAAGAUGGUGCGUGCCAUAAAGUGGGUGGAUGAAAUAGUGGAAGGAGCGCCCUACGUCACCACCCUGGAGACCCUAGACAAGUACAACUGUGACUUCUGUGUACAUGGAGACGACAUAACGCUCACAGUGGACGGGAAGGACACGUACGAAGAAGUGAAGAAGUCGGGGAGAUACAGGGAGUGCAAGAGGACCCAGGGGGUUUCGACCACAGACCUCGUCGGCAGGAUGCUGCUCAUGACCAAGGCGCACCACAGCAACAUUGACAGCUCAGACUAUCAGCAGCACACAGACAACUUUGGGAAGAAGGGUCACAGUCCUUGGACGGGGGUGUCACAGUUCCUGCAGACGUCCCAGAAGAUCAUCCAGUUUGCCUCAGGUCAGGAGCCUCAGCCCGGUGACACCAUCAUCUACGUAGCGGGAGCCUUUGACCUCUUCCACAUCGGCCACGUGGACUUCCUGGAAGCAGUGUAUAAGCUCGCAGAAAAGCCAUAUAUUAUAGUGGGGUUGCACUUUGAUCAGGAGGUGAAUCGCUACAAAGGGAAAAAUUACCCCAUAAUGAAUGUGCAUGAGCGAACGCUCAGUGUUCUGGCUUGCCGAUACGUUUCUGAAGUGGUGAUCGGUGCACCCUUCGCAGUCACAAAAGAUUUGCUCGACCACUUUAAGGUGGAUAUUGUGUGCCAUGGAAAGACGGAGAUAUACCCCGAUAAGGAUGGAUCUGACCCUUAUGCUGAGCCCCGGAGAAAAGGGAUCCUGCGUACUGUCGACAGCGGGAACAGCCUUACUACAGAUGCCAUUGUGCAGAGGAUCAUUAAAAACAGGUUGCUAUUUGAAGCAAGAAACCAGAAGAAAGAGGCCAAGGAGAUUGCUGUUAUCCAGGCCAUGAAGCGACGAGAAGAGGAAAAGUCUAAGGAAAGAGCCCAGGCUGUACUGUAG